CUCGCAUAGCCCUUUCCAUUCGUCGAUCAUCCCCGCCAAUACCGAAGCAACAAUGGGUUCUCUCGGACCGUACCAGCGCAAACACAAGAUCACGGUGGUGGGCUCAGGAAACUGGGGAUGCGCAAUCGCCAAAAUCGUCGCCGAAAAUGCCGCCAGCAACCCCGCAAUUUUCGAGGAGAAGGUUGAGAUGUGGGUUUUUGAGGAGAAGGUGGAAAUUUCCAAAACGUCCCGGCACUAUGAUCCCUCUUCACCGCUGUGCCAGGGCCCACAAAACUUGACGGAUGUGAUUAACGAAAAGCACGAGAACAUCAAAUACCUGCCGGGAAUUACUCUCCCCUCCAACUUGCAUGCUAAUCCCUCGUUGGUUGACGCAGUCAAGGACAGUACCAUCCUUGUCUUCAACCUGCCCCAUCAGUUUAUCAUCAAGACUUGUGAGCAGAUCAAGGGCAAGAUCCUGCCCUAUGCGCGGGGUAUCUCCUGCAUCAAGGGUGUUGAUGUGAACGAAGAAGGUAUCCAUCUCUUCUCGGAGACCAUUGGCAAGAUCCUGGGUAUCUACUGCGGUGCUCUAUCUGGCGCAAACAUCGCGAGCGAGGUCGCACUGGAAAAAUGGUCCGAGUCAAGCAUCGCCUAUGAUCCCCCGCACAUGGAUUCCAAGGCGCCAUCUCCCAAUCGUUCCCCGUCUACUUCGACCGAGAAUCUCGUUCAAUUUGAGCACAAGGAUGUUUCCGGCCAACUCUCGCAAGUAAAGCUGCAAGCGCUGCCGUCCGACUACCCUCCAGUGGACCACGCGGUCCUGAAGUCGCUCUUCCAUCGCCCGUAUUUCCAUAUCCGUGUGGUGAGUGAUGUCGCGGGCGUGUCGCUUGGAGGCGCCCUUAAGAACGUAGUUGCUCUUGCUGCCGGCUGGGUCGACGGCAUGGGCUGGGGUGACAAUGCCAAGGCUGCCAUCAUGCGGGUUGGCCUUCUCGAGAUGGUCAAGUUUGGCGAAAAAUUCUUCGGGGCCACCAUCAAUACUCGAACCUUCACCGAGGAGAGUGCAGGUGUUGCCGAUCUGAUUACUAGCUGCAGCGGUGGCCGGAACUUCCGCUGCGCAAAACUCAGCAUUGAGAGAAAGCAGUCGAUCGAAAAAGUCGAGGAGACGGAACUCAACGGCCAGAAGCUCCAGGGUACUUUGACUGCGGUUGAGGUAAACAACUUCCUGAAGAAGCAAGGCCUUGAGGAGGAGUUUCCCUUGCUUACGGCUGUGUACCGUGUUCUCGAGGGCAGUAUGUCCGUUGAAGAUAUUCCUUCUUACAUUGAGCGGUAAAUUGGACCUGUUGAUCCUCUCCUUUGGUUUUUGUUCGGGUUGUUAAUUUAGGGAAAUCUGUUCCUUUUGUGUCUUAACAGAAAGCCGGAGUCUAUCUCUUACGUUGAAACGGGGCGGGUGACCAGCAGUGGAACCAGCCAGGCAGUUUUGAGCGCCAGGUUGUGAACGGGGGCAGGAUCCAUGCAUUACCCCCUCUUGUGUUUUCCCCCCCAAUCCUUGUCACUUUCCUUCCUUUCUUUCCACCAACUUGUCUAUCUUUAUCACUAUCUAUCUUUUGGGGGAAGCGUUUGUUGGUAGGUAUACUUUGUCGAGAUUUUCUCAUGCACAUAGACCGAUGACUAUAGACCGCAAUGACACCGG